AUGGACGAUAUUACUAGAAGAAACGCUUACAGAUUUGUCGCCUAUUCGGCUGUCACUUUUUCUGUGGUUGCUGUAUUCUCACUAUGCAUCACUCUUCCAUUGGUAUACAAUUAUGUUCACGGAAUCAAGUCUCAAAUCAACCACCAGAUUUCAUUCUGCAAACAUUCUGCUCGUGACAUUUUCUCUGAAGUCAAUCAUAUUCGUGCCAAUCCAAAUAAUGCUACUCUUCGUGAGAAACGCCAAGCUGGUGAAUGCUCUGGAUGCUGUCUCCCAGGAGCAGCUGGACCAGCUGGAACUCCAGGAAAACCAGGAAGACCAGGACGUCCAGGAGCAGCUGGACUUCCAGGAAAUCCAGGAAGACCACCAGCACAACCAUGUGAUCCAAUUACUCCACCGCCAUGUCGUCCAUGCCCACAAGGACCAGCUGGAGCUCCAGGAGCCCCAGGACCACAAGGAGAUGCCGGAGCUCCAGGACAACCAGGAUACGGAAGCGGAGUCGGAGCACCAGGACCAGCUGGACCAAAGGGAGCCCCAGGAGCACCAGGACAUCCAGGACAAGCUGGAUCUCCAGGUCGUCCAGGAGCUGAUGCUCAAUCUCAGUCUACUCCAGGAGCUCCUGGAUCAGCUGGACCACAAGGACCACCAGGACCAUCAGGAGCCCCAGGAGCACCAGGAGGACCAGGAUUCCCAGGAGCGCCAGGACCAAAGGGACCAUCUGGAGCGCCAGGACAACCAGGAGCCAAUGGAAAUCCAGGAGCCCCAGGUCAACCAGGACAAUCUGGAGGAUCAGGAGAACGUGGAAUCUGUCCAAAGUAUUGUGCCAUUGAUGGAGGAGUUUUCUUCGAUGAUGGAACUUUCCGUAGACGUUAA